CGUAGCGGGAAUGAGAUCAAGCAUUGUGCGAAACCCGUUAAGCCUAACGGCCCGUUUCUCAAGUCUGCCGUCGUUUCCAUCUUCGCGUUUCUCUUCCUCUUCAGCUCCGACAAGCUCCGCCGCCGCGGACAGCUCGGCGGCGACUCAGUGCAGCGGGUUGACUCGGUUGGCCUCGCUGGUGGAUGGCUGCGACUACGAGCACUGGCUCGUGGUUAUGGAGCCUCCUAAGGGCUACCCUCUUCGCGACGAGAUCAUCAAUGGCUACAUCCAAACCCUAGCUACGGCCCUCGGAAGUUUGCUGUAUAAUUGCAGUGCAGAGAAGGCAAAGAAGUCAAUUUACUCUGUUUCUACAAAGUACUACUACGCAUUUGGCUGCAAAGUCCCAGAGAAUUUGACUUUUAAGAUCAAAUAUCUGCCCAAUGUGAAAUGGGUUCUACCAGAUUCUUACUUGUGUCAUGGCGAAAAUGACUAUGGAGGAGAACCUUUGGUUGAUGGGGUUGUUAUUCCGUAUGAUCAAAAAUAUCAUGCAGACUGGGUGUGCGACGAAAAUGACACAACAGUUUAAGUCUUGAUCACACUUAUGCCCCCUAAUUUUUACCCUCGACUAGUUAGUUUCGAUCUGGAUGCUCAAGUGUUUCACCUCCUGGAGAUUUAAGCAGAAAGAAGAAGCAGUUGUGUUGUAUCAACCCGAAUGUCAUAGAGUGGAGGGAAAAGAGCUUCAUCUUUGGUAAUAUAUGAAGAGAUAUAGCUAUACAGCGUUGCAUAGAAACUUAAUUGUUUCUUUGGCUCCAUUUUUUACAUUAUCACAUGGUUUUAUCUUUAAGCUAAGCCUAGUUUUUGCCUUUUCCCACUCAAAAUUUGGUUAAAAGUUGCAUUGCAUUUAUGUAUCCCAAGUCCUUAUUCUAACCAUACUUGGUUUGAAUUGGGGGAUGCAUGAUCCUUUCUGCAAAUCCUUGAAUUGGAGGGGACCCACUUUUUGUUCUAGUCAUAGGCAAUAGCAAAUUCUUUAGUUACAUCAGCACGUAACUUGUGAUUUAGGCCAACUUGGCAUUUGGGUGGGGUUUGGUGCAAGUGUUGAAAUAUGAGGCUGGCCCCGAAAUCUGCUGGGUGGGUUAUUCAAACCUUUGAUUGGUGCACCAUGCCGUUUGAGCUGAUUUUGAACACAAAACAAAGGAAGAAAUGUUCAUGGAAAUUGACUUGGAAUAUUUAAUACAUUAUUUGCACUCGAGAACCUAAUGGAGGAUUAGAAUAGUAUAGGGUUUGAUCAAUCCACCAACCUCAGGCCAUAAAUAAUUUAAACAAUAUCAUCUUUUAUUCUUUCUAUGACUUCAUAGUUUGAAAUAAACAUUUUUUCCAUUUAAAGGAAAAACUCAUUUAAAUAUGAAAGCUGAAACUGUUUUUAUGGGAAAGCAUAGAAAAUUUCCCGUAGAAAAUUGAAAACAGAGUGUUCUGAGAAAGACAGAGUUGUCUCAAAGUACUUGUAUUUCUUGUAAUGAUGUAAGACAAGCUACAAAAACUGUGAAUCCAAGGACCCCACAUGAACAUCAUACGCAAGGGAAGAUCUCCAACAAAGAGAAACAAAUAAAACAACCUUAAUGUAUUAUGGUACACAUAUAUAUAUGCUUAUAGUUUUUCUUUUCUUCUUCUGUGUUUGUUUUCCUAAUUG